CUGAAGGACUGUGUAACCACGAGGGUGUAAACAAACCCUUUACGGGCAGCAGUUGGCUGAUUUCUGGACUUAUCAGGAGCUUUACUGUAUUUUUCUUUCCGAUGGAGAUUUUUGGAAGCACAUUUGAUGACUCGGUGUUUUCGGAGGUGAGGGACCGAGUCUCUGCUCCUCUGGCUUCAUAUAACGCCAAAUUCUGUGAGCCUGAGUGGUUUUGUAAGAGCUCUGCUCUGGAUACAGACGACCCUCUGGAGAAGCAGAAAGUCUUGAAGUUCAGAGGAGACUUGGCUGUGAGGCAAGGAAAGUACCAGGAAGCUUUGGAUGCGUACAGCAGCUGUCUAGACUGGAUUGCUGACAACAACCUGACCAUCAGACGAGACGUGCUGGAGGGAAUGGCCCGAUGCUGCACCAAACUGAGACAGGGAGACAGAGCACUGGAAUAUGCUGACUUACUGAGCAAAGAAGCCUCCAACACGUGUCACCUGACCAGCCUCCUGCUACUAAAGGUCAGUAUCUAUCAGCAGUUCGGAUACUUGGGAUCAAAGACUUUGUCUCUGCAGCAGCUGUGCAGCCUGCUGCCCUUUAACCCCUGGCACUGGAACAACCUGGGACAGACGUGUCUGCAGCUGCUGGAGAGAGACACAACCACAGGAUUGUACUGCCCAAAGAAGAGUGAAUCAGCAGAGGAGCAGAAUCACACGGGUACUGAGGAGGAGCAGGAGGAGGCAGAGCUCAACGUGGACAAAAUCUGGCUGAAAGCUUGCAUGUGUUUCAUCAGGACCAGACUCCUGCUGAGGAUCCUUCGGCAGCAGCAGUCCUCCUUUGUGCUGCAGCGCACUGAAAACACUUUACAGACGACAGAUGAAGCCUUACAGCGUCUCAAUCCCAAAGAAAUGACCCUGCAGGCUCUCUCUGAGGUCAUGUCAGACGACUUGAUCCCAGAGAAGAUGAGGGAGGAUUACCAGGAUGGGGAGAGCCUGCUCAGCGUGCGCUUGCAGACCUUCAGAGAGCGCUGGUGGAAUAAGGUCUUACUGACUGGGGUGCUCGAGAGUGACGGCUGUAAAAAUCAGACACAGCUGAAUGCAAAGUCCUGACACUCCAGCGAUGCCUGUUUACAAAAUGACGGAGAAGCCACAAGACUGUAUGAACUGAAAGCCAGGUCCGACUCAUGAAACAGAGUUGUUUUACUCAGUUUGACUGACACAAUAAAUCCCCAUACAUGUGUUUAUAAACAUUUCACAAAUACAGAAUGAAUGGUAACUAUUAAUGUGUUUACUAUUAAUGUGUUUCAUAAAUUAAAAAAAUAAAGACAGUCUUUAA